AUGAACCCAGCAUCAUACGCUUUCUGCUUUUUCGCAGAAAAGCCACCACCGCCUCCGAAAUUUCCCUUAAAACCAAAACCACCAUCAAAACACCAGUUGCUCAUGGAACAAAUCAAGGCGUUCUAUCGAAGCGGACAAGUUGAAGCCGAAGAAGGAGAUCAAAGCGCGUGUCUCAUUGUUGCCACCACCGAGACCUCCACCACAGCCGCAGAACGAGAACACCACAGUUGCCAUCCACCCCUAGCGCUAAGGAAGGCGGUCAUCCGGAAAAAGAGGUGCAAUCUAGCAGACGAUCGAGAAGAAUGGAAGAAAGAGGACAGCGCAGUGGCAAAGGGCGCCACUGUUGAGGGUAAUCAUUCGACUAGCUCAUCACUUCAAUCCUCGACCCACUCAAAGCAGGUCCCUCACGCCAACGAGGUCGGUGAAAUUGUGUCAGAGAUUGGUCCACCACCGCCUCCGAAAUUUCCCUUAAAACCAAAACCACCAUCGAAACAUCAGUUGCUCAUGGAACAGAUCAAGGCUUCUAUCGAAGCGGACAAGUUGAAGCCGAAGAAGGAGAUCAAAGCGCGUGUCUCAUUGUUACCACCACCGAGAGCCUCCACCACAGCCGCAGAACGAGAACACCACAGGUACCGCCUAUUUUCCGAGUUUGCUCCGCCCAGUUUUUUCUGCACUUGA